UAUGUAUGUACAUCUGCGCGUGCUGUGUGUUUGUGUGUUUCUUUUUCGCCCACUUGGCUUUUGGUUCCUGUGUGAGGUUUGGUAAGGUGCCUGUGUGCGCACAUACACCGGUCCAUGAAGCAGUUUUCGACUGGAGGAAACUGACUCACCAUCCUUCGGAUCUUAACACAAGCCCAUGUGAAGUCCGGAUUCUUGGGGGAAAAAACAACAUAAAGGAUUUGAAACGAAAACUUUGAGAAGUCUUGAGUCAUCGCAUGCAUUAGAAAGAAAAUCAGAAACGGAAUAGGCCUGUUCGUAUAAUCGUUCAACACGUAGUUAGUCGGGCAAAAAAGUUUGCUUUAAGUUGAUUUAUUUGAUCUACAGUAAGUGGUUGAAAGAGUUUUGCCAUAUCAGUUGAAGUGAAACCCAAGGCCAGGAUGAGCAAGGCUGCCAGUUCAACAAGUGGCUGUUUGGAUAUUUUAAACAUCAAAUCCAGUCGGAUUCUGGAUAUCCCGUGCAAAGUGUGUGGAGACCGAAGUUCAGGGAAACACUACGGAGUUUACGCAUGUGAUGGAUGCUCUGGAUUCUUUAAGAGGAGCAUACGGAGAAACAGGACGUACGUCUGCAAAUCAGGCACUCAGGGAGGCUGCCCGGUGGAUAAGACGCACAGGAACCAGUGUCGCGCCUGUCGCUUGAAAAAGUGCCUGGAAGUGAACAUGAAUAAAGAUGCCGUGCAGCACGAGCGAGGCCCGAGGACGUCGACCAUCCGCAAGCAAGUGGCGCUUUACUUUCGGGGCCACAAAGAGGUAAACGGAUCCUCCUCGCACUUUCCCAGCACGUCCAUCCCUGGGCUGCACUUCUUCACUACAGUCACUCAACUCGAGACGCACAGUCUGGAAUUAAACCCGGUCCCGAGCACGCCAGAGCGCCAGGGCAUGGUGGGGCUCGCACAGCCCACUCCUAAAUAUCCACAUGAAGUCAGUGGCACACCCAUGUACCUUUACGAAGUGGCCACAGAGUCUGUGUGUGAGUCCGCCGCACGCCUGCUCUUCAUGAGCAUCAAAUGGGCCAAGAGCGUUCCUGCUUUCUCUACACUCCCUCUACAAGAUCAGUUGAUCCUGUUAGAGGAUGCCUGGAGAGAGCUGUUCGUUCUGGGUGUAGCGCAAUGGUCCAUUCCUGUGGAUUCCAACACUCUGCUUGCUGUUUCAGGGAUGACCACAGAAAACACAGAGUCCCAGAGGCUUAACAAGGUUGUCUCAGAGAUCCAGGCUCUGCAAGAAGUGGUGACGCGUUUCAGGCAGCUGCGACUGGACGCGACAGAAUUUGCAUGCCUCAAGUGCAUUGUUACCUUUAAAGCCGUUCCGACACACAGUGGAGCCGAACUGCGGAACUUUCGAAACGCCAGCGCCAUUGUGGCACUCCAGGAUGAAGCCCAGCUCACACUUAAUAGCUACAUCCACACCAGGUAUCCAACCCAGCCAUGUCGUUUUGGAAAGCUGCUGCUGCUUUUGCCUGCCCUGCGUUCAGUCAGUGCAUCUACAAUUGAAGAAGUGUUCUUCAGGAAGACAAUUGGAAAUGUGCCCAUCACACGGCUUCUCUCUGACAUGUACAAAUCAAGUGACAUAUGAAGUUUUUAUAUCCACCCAAAAGGACUCCGGCCUGGGAAAGUGACAGACUGUCAAGUGACUUAGGAUAUCAUGAAGUACAAGAGAGAAAUCUGGAAACAUCUCCAUGCUGUCUCUAAAGCAGAUAGCAUAAAAAAAACAACGGUUCUAGUGGGAGAAACUCUAAAGACUGUUCUGAACAAGUUCUGUUCGCUGGUUAAGAUAAAAACUAAAAGGUUCACUGUGGUCUAAAGGAUGCUUUGUGACUAAUUUUCAUCUAAUCUUUUAAAAUAUAUUCGUUUCAAGAUUUUAUUUUCCCCAAAAAUGUAGACAGCAGAGGCAUGUGGGUGGAUUCAGACAUAUGUACAAUCACUUAAUUAAUAGGACGUUUUACAGUCUCUAGAAGACCAAUGAGCUUUCCUACCAAUGUUGUUGAUGUUGUUGUUGUUGGUGUUGUUUUGGUUUCAGCUUUGUCGUUCUGAUAACUAUGGCAGGAAACCAAAAAGAUUUUUUUUGUUUAUUACUUUUAAUAUUUUUUUAAGAAGAGAGAAAAUCAAAAAUGAUUUGGCAGACUAAUCUCAGGAGAUGGGGUCCAUUGAGACAUGAGACAGGUUAUAAUGUGUUGUGCUGAAAACCAACAACUUGAAUAUUCUUGAAAGAAAAAAAAAAUAGAACAUGAUGCACAUUAAAGCAGGGGUAGGGGAUAAUACUACUUCCUUUUCCAGUCAAACCUAAGCACUACCAGUACAAGGCUCGUAUUAAGGCUGUUCUUGGUAUCAGCAGGUGUGCUGGAUUUUUAGAAAAUGUGAUUUGUAUUAUUUAAAUAUUUGGACUGAAAAUUGUAGAUUCCUAAUCAUAAUACCUUUUGGGUAGUGAGAUGACUUCGGACAAGUAUUUUAGUUUGGUUUUCAUAAAGAGGAUCACUAUGUAAUUUCAGAAAAAAAACCUAACAUCUGUAUCAGGACUUAGGAGUUCAGUUUGAGUUUCAGCUCAGAGGUCAGACUUGAAUAAAUGAAUUAACCAGAUGAACAUGAAUAUUAGAAACCUUCAGUUUAAUUUCUACUAUGUAAUGCACUACCCUCUCCAUCAACACAUAUGGAAAUCUUCUUUACCUGGAUGAUGUAAACAGAAAAGCUGACGGGAUAUACUGCACCUUUUAGAGCUGUAGUAUGCAGUUUUGGAUGUAGUUAAUGAUUGCUAUCUCUUGCUACAACAUGUCCCUGCUCUUCUGUGACAUUUUAAAAACUGAAUCUGCCAGUUGGGGUUGUUAUUGCUGUUUUUUUUUGUUUUUUUUUGCAACCUUUGAAUCUUAUGUUUAAGUAGUUACUAACACAUGUCCAGAAACAUGUUCAGCACUUGUAUUUUUUUGUAGUUUGUAAAUAUAUUAAUUGUUGUAAAA